CGGAACUAUAUCGGCGGAGCAUGCUCAGCGCAAGGGCGAUACCUCGAUCCACGGAAGUCAAACACUUGGUGAUAUUGGAUGCUGCCAUGGAUAGCGAGGUGUCGGUGACACCGAUGGACGUGGAACCCAAUGACAACGAGAGAGGUCGCGGGCGUGGAGGUUCUCUAGGUGUCUCGAACAAGAGCACACUUCCGACACUUCCACCUACAGGGGUUACCCCGGCUGCAGGGGUCACCCCUGCUGCGCCCGUUGCUGCCGGGAGGAUGUCGCGCAGAGCUUCAGCGGGAGACGGGGCGCAUGCGCAAGGCGGCAACUCCUGUAGUGGCAAAAGCACACGGCGCCGUGCGCAGAGCAUGCCACCUCCACCUCCGAACAGGCCCAGGAAGAAGAGAAAAAGCGGUGCGUGCCCACUCGACUGUGACCACCACGGCGUGUUUGUCGGGGGAGUGUACGUGUGUCACGCGUGCGGCCUGGAGAGUGACAAGUGGGUUCACCUGCAGCCAGACAAGGUCGGGGAGGCGCGCGAGUGGUGGGCAUCAGGCCAGAGAUGGGAGGAUAGCUGUGUCGCGGAGGACUACGAGCCAAGCAGCCUUUGCAUUUGCAGCAGGCGCCAGUGCUUCUUUCAGCAGCACAAGCGAUGGCUUGAAGCAAGAACCGUAGAAGAAAAGAAGAAGACGUGUGCGAUCUGCAAGAUGCGCGGAGGCCAUAAAAAUCACUGGCACCACCCUGGUGGAAUGCUUAUAGUGCUAACUUCGUGGUUCAGGUCGGGCCGAUCCAGCGUUGACGCGUUUUUGAACAGUGGCGAGGAUUUGACCCUCCUCAGUGACAUCUGCAAUCGGUGCUUUAUGGAAGGCUACAACAACAAGGCUAGGAUCCCCCCGGACGCGAGGCCAACGACAGGUUAGCUACAUUAUGAUUUGCGGUCGCCGGCUUCCCAUGCGGCUAGUUGGGGAGCGACUUGGCCGGG